UACCGCGGCCGUUCAGCAAGAAGCAAGUCCAAGUGCAGGCACUUGAGGCGCAUCAAAUCGUCAAACCAAACCGCACCCUCCCAUUAUCAUCAUAAAAACACCAUGAAAGUCAGUGGCGGUGGCUGCCAACGGCGUUGCAUUUCGAUAAACGGCCAAAUUAGUGCUUGCUAGCCGGUCCAGUAGUGUUGUGGGCAGUUAAGGUGGGGAGAGAAUCGCGAAAGUUCCAGUUGGUUGAACGAGCUCGAGCCGGCAUGUUCUGGCAGCGGUGAAAUUGCGUUCUACGAAGAGUGUGAUUUUUGUUUUAUUUUUUUUUCGGGGGAGAAAGUGUGAUCUUAAGAUCGAACGGCGCAAUCCUUGCUGACAGCAGUGUGUAGAAGAACUUGGUGGACGAUUCAAAGCUAAAACAUGUCAUCGAUCAUGGAUAAGGGCAAACUGCCCACGAAAAUGUUCCUGCGGAGUAAUUCGUUCCAGAAGUUGUGCUCGUUGGCGCAUCCGAUGCGGCUCAGAGGAUUCAAAUCGAACCGGGAAGCCCUGAAGUCGGUGUUUGAAUCGCUCAUCGUCACGACACGUGGCGUCAUCCAGUCGGUCACGUACAGAAUCCUGUGCUUUCUGUUCCUGACGCCGUUCACCAAGCUGCUGCUGAGCCGGCCACUGCAGGGCCUCGUCGACGCCGUCGUCUCCUCCAGCUACAAGCAUGGCAAGGACGGCCAAGACGGUUCCACCAGCAGACUCAACACUGUCAGGUUAAUCCUUAAGCUGACACUGUCUAUGAUUGUCUCGACCGAUAAGAGCCCCGAUGUGCGUUGCGAUAACGAGCUCAAGCUGUCUGAAGAUGUCAACGUCACCCCCAAUCAGGACGCAACCCGCAAACCAGAAUGCCCCCGGACACCAACCCUCUCGGACACGGCCGUCCAAACCGAACCCGAGCCCGAGCCAGAGUUCUUCGACUGCCGAGAGCCCACCGAGCCACAGCCUACUCAGACCAAAACCUGCCGAUUUCUCGAAAGCUCCAGCAUCCAGCGAAGGCUCGAGCGACGGCCACCGCCCUCCCGCCUGGUUGCGGCCACCUUCUAUGGCUGCGUCCUGUGCUGCGUCGCGCAGCUAUCAGCGCUGGUCUACAUGCUGAGUGGCGACGCCGUGCGGUUUCCUCCCGGGCUGAUAUUUCUUAUUUUGGCGCUCGCCUAUAUCGGAUUCGUUAUGACGAGGAUAUUUACCAGCUCCCAAAGCGCCGACGGUAGAAAAAUGGCCGCCGCGAAGAAAAAGGCCGAAGUCGGGGGCACGUCCAAGGCCCUGGUGCCGGUUCCCGAGGGGGCCAUUAGAAAGCAGCAGCACCACCCGAAAGGACUGCAUCCAAUUCUGGCCGCCGUUAGCAAGCGGAUUGUGGCCACCUUGCUGCAAUAUCAGCAGCCCCAGAAGGGUAGCGGCAGCAUCCUGACCCAAGCGUCGCCAGCACCGACUCCGAGGAUGAGCCGAUCCGCGACCAGGACGAGGAUGUUACUAUGCGCCGACGAUAAAACCAUCAGCAAAGUGAAAAUACUCUAGAAAUAACUUUCAAUAACGGUGGAAGUCCUGUUUGAACCCUUCUCCCCCCUCAAACCUCUUUUUUUUUUUGAAGGAAAAGUGAACAAGACAUGGUUAUUUUCUUUUUUUUUUGUGGUGCAAUUUAUGGAAGGACUGCGGGACGUGUCUAAUGACCAAGUAGAAUUGUACCUUAUCUUUAUAUGUACGAACUGGUGUUUAACUUAAGAAUAUCUUUGAGUGAUAAAACAAAUGAUACAUUCUCCAUGCAUGAUAUUAAACGAUUUAAAAAAAA